UCAACCCUUGGAAGCUGCAAAAAGUGCAAAAAUCAAAAUGACCAAAAUGUGUUAGCUAAUUUCUAAAUAAUUAAAAUAGUCUGGAAUGACUAUAUAUUGGUUUUGUGGUUUAUUUGAUUAUACAUUAUUGAUCUCUAAUGUUAUUGUUCAUUAGCAUUAAGUAAAUAAAUUAAGUCCAUAAGUAGCUUGUACACAGAGGGUCCAAGCUAAAACAACAUUCAACUACAAUUUAAUUACACGUUAUAUUUUUCCAAAAAAAUAAAUUCAGACAAGUAUUGUCAAAAAAUCCUUUAAAUAAUGAGUCACCAGCCAGAAGAUACAUCAGAAGUUACUUCAAAUAGAGAGGACUCCCCAAGUAAAAUUCAGAAAAAGCGUGAGGACUAUUUAGAAUGGCGAGACUAUUUCAUGGCAGUGGCUGUGUUAGCUGCGAAGCGAAGCAAAGACCCUAACUGUCAAGUUGGCGCCUGUAUAGUUAAUAAGGAAAAGAAAAUAAUUGGUGUUGGAUACAACGGUAUGCCAGCUGGUUGUAGUGAUGAUGAGUUUCCAUGGGGUAAAGAAGGAUCGUCGCCUUUGGAUGAAAAAUCGCUUUAUGUAUGCCAUGCAGAAAUGAAUGCCAUAAUAAACAAGAACCUCGCCGACGUCAAAGACUGCACAAUAUACGUGACCCUGUUCCCAUGUAACGAAUGUGCCAAGUUCAUCAUACAGUCUGGCAUCACGGAAGUGGUGUAUUUAUAUGACAAGUUCUCCGCUAAGCCCAAGUACUUGGCCUCAAAGAGAAUGUUUAUAGCUGCUGGCAUUAAGUGCAGACAAUUCAUACCAAAGCGGGACAAAAUAGAAAUAAGAUUCACCUCAAACAAUAAUAAUAUUAAUGAUAUAUGCAACUUAUCUAUUUGAUACUACCUUUACAUUUUACAACCAUUUUACUUUAUGUACUAUCAUUUUUAUAGGCUAAUUUUUUAAGGGUAUUUUUUGUACAAAACUGAUCGCAUUUCUAGCAGUAUGUACUACCAAUGACAGCUACAAAUCAAAAUAGGGUGCAAUAACUGUUUAUUGGAGUUUGUGUAGGUGCAAUAAAUGACCCUAGCUCAUGGUUGGAAUUUUUUUUUUGAUGAAAUUUAGAUUUUUUUUUAUAAAAAAAACAUGUUUUAAGCAUUUGUUUAAUUAUAAACAACGCCAAUUCUGCCCUAGCUUCUUUAGACUUUGGUAAAAUAGUUUUAGCAAGAGUAUAGCGCACACUAAAUAAGUACAUGAAGUACUAAUGUAAUAACAAUUGU